UCUCUCUCCAUACUAAUCCAACCAAUUCUUGACUAUCCCUUAUGUACGUGCAAUCGAGCCUUAUAUUGGGAAUCGCGCGGCGCCAGUGUUCAUUACAGAGACCGUAAAAGUGCUACUAAGGACCGCAGAAGGACAACUAAGCGUGUAUGAUGGAAAAGAUGGUAAAUUCAUCGAACCUUUAAUUCAAGGCCAUAGUGGCGGCUUUCUACGUGGCACUCCCUACGUUGAGAGCCUCGUUUCACCAAGCGGUGGCAAUUUGAAAUGGUAAUCACUCGACGGGCAGACACCUUAUUACCUGCAUUCCAACAUCAUGAAUGAGAUUCAAUUCGAAUGGCAAUGGGAUUUGCAUAUUAUGCUUUUUGUUGCUGAGAACAUUAUUAACUUCCACUAGGAGGAAAGCCCAAUUAGAAUAAAAUCCUGGAGGCCCAUUGAGUCUCGCAAACACAGAUGUGAAGGUGAAGCAGAUGGAAGGGGCGAAGCCGGAAGGUUUUACAGUGCAGAAGAAGUUUAGUACUGAUAGGAACAGGGUGAUGACUGCUUAUGACGUUAGAGAUAAACCUUCUGCUCUCAAGGCUGAAGAUUGGGACCGGGUUGUGGCAGUUUUUAUUUUGGGGAAAGAGUGGCAGUUCAAGGAUUGGCCAUUCAAGGAUCAUGUUGAGAUAUUUAACAAAAUUAUUGGAUUUUUCAUGCGUUUUGAAGAUGACAGCAUUGAAUCAGCUAAGACUGUGAAACAGUGGUACGUAAAGAUCAUCUCGAUUAGCAAAAAUAAGAGGCACCAGGACAGGGCUGCAGCAUUAGAGGUGUGGGACAGACUAGAAGAAUUUGUUCGAUCGGGAUCCCAUUCUUGAAGUUCGUAGCAAUUUUUGAUAUGACAGAUGUUAAAAUAUGUUAUCUUUUUGUUGUGAAUUGCCUUUAUUGUGUGUAUAAAGUAUAUGGAAUUCGGAUUCUUCUAGCAUAUGGACUAGAAGAAUGUAUGCAACUGCGAUUGCAUUCUUGAAGUUUGUAGCAAUUUUUGCAUGUAUUUAAAUUUUGGUAAUAAAAUUGGCAAUAUCUGUUACCAUUUUUGUGACAGAUCUUGAA